AUGAAACUCUAUGCCAUUUCAGACCUCCAUCUCAGCUACAAGCACAACCGCGAGGCUCUGUAUGAGCUAAGACCUCAUUUGGACGACAGCCUGAUCAUCUGCGGCGAUGUUGGAGAGAAGAUUGAGCACCUCCAUGAAGCCUUCAACAUUACCACCAAGCUCUUCAAGCAGGUCUUUUGGGUGCCUGGCAAUCACGAGCUGUAUACGCUACCAGGGCAUCGCAACCGCGCCGAGGGGCACGAAGACGACGGCCUCGACGAGGAUCUACGAGGAGAUUUCAAGUAUCAGGAAUGCCUCCGGGUCGCCAACGAGUACGGAGUCAUCACCCCAGAGGACGAGUACGUGAAGUGGGAAGGCGAAGGCGGACCUUGCAUCAUCUGUCCGCUGUUUACACUCUACGACUACAGUUUCAGGCCCGAUGAUGUGUCGAGAGAGGCCGCCUUGGAAUGGGCGAUGGAAGAGAACAUUGUUGCCACGGACGAGGCAUUGCUUCACCCAGACCCGUACGAGUCGCGGGAUCUGUGGUGCCAGGAGCUCGUUUCCAAGGCCGAAGAGCGGCUCGAAGCCACCUCCCGAAGAGGAAUCCCCCUGGUGCUGGUCAACCACUGGCCGUUGCGCCAAGACACCAUUACAAUUCCCAUGAUCCCUCGCUUCAGCUUAUGGUGUGGAACCAAGAAGACCGAGGACUGGCAUACGCGAUUCAAUGCCAAAGUAGUGGUUACAGGGCAUCUGCACGUUCGCAGGACGGAUUGGAGAGAUGGAGUGAGGUUCGAGGAGGUCAGCCUAGGGUAUCCCAAACAAUGGCAGGUUGCACGAGAGAGAGGGUUGGAUGUCAACGAUCUGCUAAGGGAGAUCUUGCCGGCACUGGACAUGCAGGAUCCAGGUGAUGGCAAGACGAUUUGGAGGCGAUCUGGGCAGCCGUCCACGGACCUGGUCAAAAGCAUCAAAGGACUAGAGUAA